AAUGAACGGGAAAACCAUACUAGUUUGAUAUAAAUGGAAGUUGUUGAAUGUUGAUCAAAAAAAAAAAGGAAGUUGUUAGAAUGAUCUUAGGGUUUUCAACCGUUGCUGAAAAACCCAUUCGCCGUUGAUCGUCUCCUUCGUAGAGAAACAUGGGCACCAAGAGAGUAAUGAGAUCUGGAAAGAAGAUUGAUCCUCCUGUCUCCAACAAACCUCGUUUCAACUUCAUUAAGGAAACGUUCGUGAGGGCUAGUGGAGUUAAAACCACGGUCUUGACGCUUCCUCCUGAUGAGAUGUACUCUGUCAUGAACGACAUUGAUACUGAUUUUGAUAGUGAUGGAUCUGAUGAUGCAAUCCGCUAUCCGAAAUUCGGUGUUGGAUUUGACCCGCAUGAAUCUGUUCUCCGUAACUGUGAUAGAGAACAGAAGGUUUCAGUUGGUCGAAACUUGGGAAUCAAGAGAUCUCGAAAGAAGAUUGCUCCUCUUGUCUCGAACAAACCUCUUUUCAACUUCACUGAGGAAACUUUUGUGAGUGCUAGUGGAGUUAAGACCAAGGCCUGGAGGUUUCCUGCUGAUGAGAUGGACGCUACCUUGAACGGACCGGUCAUGGACUCUGCCUCGAACGAAGAUAGUGAUGAGUCUAAUGAAUUCAUACAUAGGGAAUUCGGUUGUGGUUAUAACCCGCAUGGGUGGCCUGUUCUCUCUAACUCUAGCGCACAUCAUAUCAAGAAAGUUUCAGAUGACAGUGGAGCUGUUCUUUCUAUGGAGCAGAAGGAACUUAUGUUCCGUUCGAUAGCAACUCUCCUCCAAAAGAAUGGUCUUUCUGAAUCUGCCGAUGUGCUUAUCCAGGAAGCCGAAAUCAAGGAAGACGGUUGUGCAACCCCACCGGACAUUGAGGAAGCGUUACUCGGGUUCCUGAAAAAAGGAGAAAGCAUCGCUCAGGACACGUUUGUGAGUGCUCAUGAAUCUGUUCUCCGUGACUCAUGUGAUAGAGCACAGCAUAUCCAGAAGAUUUCAGAUGGUCGAACCUUGGGUUUCACCAGACAUUGCAAGCUCAACUACCUUAGGAAGAGGAAGAGGAGGCAGAGAUUGGAACAACACAAGCUUAUCAAGAAACCUGCUCCUUAUGUCCCUCGUUUCAACUUCACUCAGGACAUGCUUGUGAGUGCUAGUGGAGUUAAGACCAAGGUCUGGACUCUUCCUCCUGCUGAGAUGUACUCUGCCUUGAACGACAGUGAUACUGAUAGUGAUGGUUCUGAGGAUUUUGAGCUCUAUCCCACGAAUUUCGGCAUUGAGGGUUGAUGAGUCACUGAUCUCGGCGCUCCAACCCUGCAACCGGUGAUUCAAGUUAAUUAUUUUAUAGAGUUUCCAUUAUAGUAUGCUGGGCGUGAACUAGGGCCGGCCCAGAAGGCAAACCACCCAAACAAAGGAUUAGGGCAUCCAAAUUAGUGGGGCAUAUUUUUAAUUAAAAGAUUGUUGUAUCUAUAAGUAAAUAAAUCUCGUAGGUUUUCUUAUUAAAAUAUAAUUUAUAAGGCAUUUUUUAGUUAGAAUAAAAUUUGUUAAAUCUCUAGUUCUAGUUUCUCUUGAAUUUAGAUUUGAACAAUUCCAAAAUUAUGAUUUUUUGGAUUUUUGUUUAAUUUUUA